AUUCAGGCAACGCGAGACAGGUCGACCUUGGUUCACACAACUAUAGUAUCAACGCAAGCUCCAGGGUAUAGAAGUAGGCCUACAGAGUACAGGACCGGCCGACUGAGAGAGACAUGCACAUACUGGCGAUAGUGUGUCGACACCAGCGAUCUAUAUAAAUUCAUCUGCGUGGUGUGUGGAAACACAUAUGCACGUACGAUACAAGCAGGCCGACUCUCGCAGAUCUCACCAUACUCGCGCCGACUGUCAUCGAGGGCUCAAGCCGGUGUCAUUGAAAAAUCUCCUCUCCCCUUUGCCGGGUGCCACAACGUUCAGCUGGCAGCGAUAGUGCAGCUGACCUGGCAAGUAUAACUAUACCAUUAGCAACAAGUACACCGUGGGUGUGUGGUAAGUACGCACGAACCUCGCGAAUUUAGCACGUACAUGUACGGAGGUAUAGCGCCAUGGAGGCUGGCCUUCUACUGAUCGUGCAGACCAUCAUCGUUGGUCUACUAGCUUACGUGGUCAUCGUACUGUUCCUGAGGCAUCGCGAGAGAUCAAAGCUACCGCCGGGACCGUAUCCGCUGCCGAUCAUCGGGAAUUUACACCUGGUCGCAGAUAUAGCCGUGCAUCGGCCGCUACAGGCGCUGGCUCGGCAGUAUGGCAACGUCUACUCUCUCGUCAUGGGCUGCGUACCAAAUAUCGUUCUCAACGACUACGCCGCGAUUCAGGAAGCAUUCGUCGGACAGGCUGACUGCUUCACCGGCAGGCCCCACUUUGCCAUACACAAGGAGAUCAGCGGGGGAGCGGGAGGUUUCUUAAACGGCGACGGGUCUGACUGGAUGGAACUACGGAAGUUCACGCUGCGAUGCUUCCGUGGAUUCGGGGUCGGGAGGAGAUCACAGGAAGGACGCAUACAUGAAGAGCUACGGGUCGUCAUAGAACACGUCAGCAGAGAGCAAGAACGACCCUUCGAUAUAUUCAACCACCUGAAGAGCGCCACAGGCACGUCACUGUUGUCAACAUUUGCGGAGUUGGACAAGUUUUUGGAGAAGCGAAUCUCUCAGCACAAAGAAACAUUUGACCCAAAUAACAUCCGGGACAUCAUCGAUGCCUUCCUAGUUGAGCGCAACAGUUGCACUAACAGAGUGAGAACAGCUUAUCUUCUAUACAAUGAGCUGGUGAAGGGCAUCCACGAUCUGUUUCUGGCUGGCACUGAGACGACAUCGAACACGCUCUACUGGUUCAUGCUCUUCAUGCUGCACCACCCGCACGUGCAAGCCAAGGUGCAAGAGGAGAUUGACAGCAUCGUCGGGCACGGUCGUCUGCCCAGCAUGAGUGACCGCGCCAACAUGCCCUACACCGAGGCGGCCAUCACGGAAAUGCAGCGCCUAGCAAACAUAGUGCCGAUCGUGCCCCCUCAUCGCGUGACGCGCGACACGGUGUUUCGCGGCUGGCACGUACCAGCAGACACGUGCGUGAUGGCCAACCUACGCACAGUGCUAGGCGACGGGCAGCUGUGGCCUCAGCCCGAGCAGCUGCGACCCGAGAGAUUUCUCAGCAGCGAUCGGCGCAGCUUCAUCAAGAGAGAGGAGAUGAUCGCAUUCGGUACAGGUCCGCGCGUGUGCGCCGGGGAAGCGCUGGCAAAGAUGCAGCUGUUUCUCUUCUUCACGACCCUACUUCAACGCUUCACCUUCACGUCUCCGCCCGGACUGGAGGCACCGUCAUUGGAGCCACAAUGGGGAAUCGUGUACAGCGCUAAACCCUUUAAGCUGUGUGCGACAGAAAGGGACUGGUGUCAUUGAUCAGCUCAGUGACACGACAACAUAUGAACACGAUGGAGGGGUUUACUACCCGUUGAUCGACGAUGAACUUUCAAAAGUCUGCUGCAACGGUUUUCCGCGUCGCAAGCAUCUUUCCCUCCCGGCCGACACCAAUGUAAAUCCAGAGGAGAGACCGGAUACUAGAGAGGCGAUGCGCAAAGGAAGCAGAUCCUGAC